CCUAAAUCCGAAACUCUCUACUAAAACCCUAAUUUUCGUCGAGCUCAGUUACUGCGGAAUUCAGUCACCAUGGCCUCGUACGAUUACGAAGAUUCACGAACCAACUAUGACGACCCCCGACAUGCGGCGGCGCCAUCUCCGGCAGGCCAAGACAUCGGCUACGACCCCAAUUUCGUUCCAGAUUCCGUCAAAUCCUUUGUCGUUCAUCUAUACCGACACAUCCGCGAGAAGAAUGUAUACGAAACUCAUCAAAUGUAUGAAACCUCCUUCCAGACCCUAUCGGACCGCCUAUUCAAGGAUACUCCGUGGCCGUCUGUAGAUGCCGUGGCUCAUUUUGUCGAUAACGACCAUGUAUUCUGCCUGCUUUACCGUGAGAUGUGGUUCCGUCAUCUCUACGCGAGAUUGUCGCCAACUUUGAAGCAGAGGAUUGACUCUUGGGAUAACUAUUGCAGCCUAUUCCAGGUGGUCUUGCACGGAGUCGUGAAUAUGCAAUUGCCUAACCAGUGGCUGUGGGAUAUGGUCGAUGAGUUUGUUUAUCAGUUCCAGAGCUUCUGCCAAUACCGGGCCAAGAUGAAGAACAAGACUGAGCAGGAAAUUGCGCUUCUGAGGCAGUACGAUCAGGCUUGGAAUGUAUAUGGUGUGCUCAACUACUUGCAAGCAUUUGUGGAGAAAUCCUCAAUCAUUCAGAUUCUUGAGCAGGAGAAAGAAGGUCUUGAACAAUUUACAGCUACUGAUGGGUAUGAUUAUAGUGGUGGGAGUAGUAAUGUUUUGAAGGUGUUGGGAUAUUUCAGCAUGGUGGGGUUGCUCCGGGUUCACUGCCUGUUAGGUGAUUAUCACACUGGUUUGAAGUGCUUGCUCCCAAUUGACAUAAGUCAGCAAGGUGUUUUUACUACUGUGAUUGGAAGCCAUAUUACUACUAUAUACCAUUACGGGUUUGCCAACCUAAUGUUGCGCAGGUAUGUGGAUGCCAUUCAUGAAUUUAAUAGAAUUCUCUUGUAUAUUUAUAAGACCAAGCAAUACCAUCAAAAAUCUCCUCAGUAUGAGCAGAUUCUGAAGAAGAACGAGCAGAUGUAUGCCUUGUUGGCAAUAUGUGUUUCACUCUGCCCACAAGUCAAGCUUAUUGAUGAAACUGUUAACUCUCAGUUGCGUGAGAAGUAUGGUGAAAAGAUGAUGAGGAUGCAAAGAUAUGAUGAGGAGGCUUUUGCCAUCUAUGAUGAGCUUUUCUCAUAUGCUUGUCCGAAGUUCAUCACUCCAUCUGCUCCUAGUUUUGAGGAGCCUCUUGUAAACUACAACCAGGAUGCCUAUAGGCUUCAAUUGAAACUAUUUCUUUAUGAAGUAAAGCAACAACAACUACUAUCUGGCAUCCGGACCUUCUUGAAAGUGUACUCUACCAUCUCCCUUGGGCAGCUUGCAAUUUACAUGGAAGUGGACGAAUCCACUCUAAGGACGAUUUUGUUGACAUACAAGCACAAAACUCAUGCUGUUGAUAGUGUUGGAAAAAUUAUGUCCAAUGCGGAUGUGGAUUUUUACAUUGAAGAUGACAUAAUUCACGUUGUUGAAUCUAAGCCGGUUAAUCGCUAUGGAGAUUUCUUCUUGCGGCAAAUUGUUAAACUCGAAGGGAUGAUUAAUGAUCUGGACAGAGUGAAACUGGACUGACUUCGCCGUAAUGGUUGAUUGAAGAGGCUUUUUGACGACGGCAGGUUUUACUAGGAAACGUUUACUCCAUGUAAAACCUUACCUUACCAAUUUUUCAUCUUCACUCUGUACUUUUAUUAGUGGUUGUAGAUACUUAUUGGAAGGCAACUUCCAUCACCUGCACUCACUCAAAUGUCACUCAGAGAUCAGAGUGUUGACUGGCUUGUGCCUGAGUCCUUUUCUUUUAAGUUCUUCAUCUUGGCACUUAUAUUUUAUUAGUUGAUUACUUAAUGCAGGUACCCAUUUAAAAAUUUUCCUUUACAUGAAGUAUAAAACUGGCAUGUUCAACAAGGCCCUCUCUGGUUCUAGUUUUUCUCAUUUGUAAAAGUGCAUUUAUGUAAUUGCGAGUUUCCAUGGUGUCUGGUGUUCCA